AUGGCCGAUCAGCUGAGCAGCGCCGCCGCCCGCGGAGACUCGGAGCAGCUCCGCCGUCUGCUGCAAAAGGAGGGCCGGGAGCCCGUCAACAGCACCAACCGCUUCGGCAGGACCGCGCUGCAGGUGAUGAAGCUGGGAGCUCCCGAAAUUGCCCGGAUCCUGCUGGAGAACGGCGCCGACCCGAACCUCAAGGACCCCACGGGCUUCGCAGCGCUGCACGACGCGGCCAGGGCCGGCUUUGUGGACACGGUGCAGACGCUCGUGGAUUUCGAGGCCGACGUGAACCUAGAGGACGGCGAAGGGAACCUGCCCUUGCACCUGGCAGCCAUGGAGGGCCAUGUGGCCGUUGUGGCCUACCUCCUGGGCCACACCGGCAGCAAGGUGGACCACCUGAACAAGCGGGGGCUCACGGCCUACGGGCUGGCCCGGCUCUACAAGCGGCUGGAGCUGCUGCGGUGGAUGGACGCCAACUGCGGGCGGCGGCAGCAGCAGCAGCAGCACUGA